AUGGCCACGGCCGGAGCGCUGGCGGGUCUGGUCGCGGGCUUGCAGGGCCCGCGGGUCGUCCCCAGCCCGGAUUCGGACUCAGACACAGACUCGGAGGACCCAAGUACCCGGCGCAGCGCAGGCGGGCUGCUCCGCUCGCAGGUCAUCCACAGCGGUCACUUCAUGGUGUCAUCGCCGCACAGCGACUCGCUGACCCGGCGGCGCGACCAGGAGGGGCCCCUGGGGCUCGCCGACUUCGGGCCGCGCAGCAUCGACCCCACACUCACCCGCCUCUUCGAGUGCAUGAGCCUGGCCUACAGUGGCAAGCUGGUUUCCCCCAAGUGGAAGAAUUUCAAAGGCCUCAAGCUGCUGUGCCGGGACAAGAUCCGCCUCAACAACGCCAUCUGGAGGGCCUGGUAUAUCCAGUAUGUGGAGCGGAGGAAGAGCCCCGUGUGUGGCUUCGUGACCCCCCUGCAGGGGCCUGAGGCUGAUGAGCACCGGAAACCGGAGGCCGUCGUCUUGGAGGGGAAUUAUUGGAAGCGGCGCAUCGAGGUGGUGAUGCGCGAGUACCAUAAGUGGCGCAUCUACUACAAGAAGCGGCUCCGUAAGUCCAGCAGGGAAGGGGGUCUCCUGGCCCCAAAGCAGGUGGAAGGGGGGUGGCAGCCACCGGAGCGAUGGUGCGAGCAGCUCUUCUCCAGUGUGGUGCCCGCGCUGCUGGCAGGCCCAGAGGAGGAGACUGGCGGGCGGCAGCUUCUGGAUCUCGAUUGCUUCCUGUCCGACAUCUCCGACACACUCUUCACCAUGACUCAGCCCGGCCCUACACCCCUGCAGCUGCCCUCCGAGGACGCCUAUGUCGGCAACGCGGACAUGAUCCAGCCGGACCUGACGCCUCUGCAGCCCAGCCUGGAUGACUUCAUGGAGAUCUCAGAUUUCUUCACCAACUACCGCCCCCCACAGACGCCUGCACCUUCAAGCUUCCUGGAGCCCCCCAGCUUCGGCCCCAUGGCUGACCCGGUCCUCAGCAGUGGGAUCCUGGGCUCGGAGGUGCCCUCUGCCUGCUCGGGCAUGACCCACCUCUCGGGACAUAACCGCCUGCAGGCUCGGAGCAGCUGUCCUGGCCCUCUGGACUCCAAUGCCUUCCUGAGCUCUGAUUUCCUCCUUCCUGAAGACCCCAAGCCCAAGCUCCCACCCACUCCCGCACGCCCACCCCUCCUCCAAUACCCCAGCCCUGCCAAGGGGCUUGGCCUGGAGCCCUGUGCCCCACCCCCUUUCCCUCCCAUGGCUCCGCUGCCUGCUGUGCUGCAGGAAGAGCCUCUCUUCUCUCCCCGAUUCUCUUUCCCUCCUGUCCCUCCAGCCCCGGGAGUGUCCCCGCCCUCUGCUCCCACAGCCUUCGCACCCACCCCCACGCUGGGUCCAGGCCCUGCCCCCGCCCCCUUCUCCAUAGACCUUCUACCCUCGGGGUAUUCGGAGCCCCCAUUGGGGCCUCACUGCACCGUGCCCCAAGGCACGCGGCCCAGAGGCAAGCCCCCUACCCAGUCCCCCAGGGGGCGGAGGCCCAGCCCCCCCACCUUGGCCCCUGCCACCGCCGGGGGCAACAACCCCUGCCUCGCACAGCUGCUCACAGCAGCCAAGCCUGAGCAAGCCCUGGAGCCUGAGCUUGUGUCCAGCGCCCUCCUCCGGUCCCCAGGGUCCCCGCAGGAGAUAGCCCCCGAGCUCCCCUGCACCUUCUUCCCCCCGACCCCGGCCCCUACACCGCCCCGAGCUCCUCCGGGCCCAGCCACACUGGCCCCACCCAGGGCCUUGAUUGUCCCCAAAGCGGAGCGGCUCUCGCCCCCAGCACCCAGCGGUAAAGAGGGGUUGCAGGGAUGGGGAGCUCUGCGGGAGGGAGGGAGCGAGGGGAAGGAAGAAGGGGGGACUACAUCCGGGGCCAGGAUGAGAGGGACAGGGCAACGGGACCCUCUCCCCUGUGUUGGUCUGUCUGUGCGUCUGUCUGUCUCUGACACAGGUGGUGAGCGGCGGCUGUCUGGGGAGCUCAACUCCCUGCCGGGCCCGGGGAAUCUGAGCAUGUGCAUCUCUUCCCCUCAACGCAUCCUAAGCCGGGGCCACCCGGACAACAAGACCGAAAACCGGCGCAUCACACACAUCUCCGCGGAGCAGAAGCGGCGCUUCAACAUCAAGCUGGGGUUUGACACUCUGCACGGGUUGGUGAGCUCGCUCAGCACCCAGCCCAACCUCAAGAUGAGCAAAGCCACCACGCUGCAGAAGACGGCCGAGUACAUUGCCAUGCUGCAGCAGGAGCGGGCCGCCAAGCAGGAGGAGGCCCAGCAGCUCCGGGACCAGAUCGAGGAGCUCAAUGCCGCCAUCAGCCUGUGCCAGCAGCAGCUGCCUGCUACGGGAGUGCCCAUCACACACCAGCGGUUUGACCAAAUGCGAGACAUGUUCGAUGACUAUGUCCGGACCCGCACGCUGCAUAACUGGAAGUUCUGGGUAUUCAGCAUCCUCAUCCGGCCUCUGUUCGAGUCCUUCAAUGGGAUGGUGUCUACGGCAAGCCUGCAGAGCCUCCGCCAGACCUCACUGGCCUGGCUGGACCAGUACUGCUCCCUGCCUGCUCUCCGACCAACUGUUCUGAACUCCCUACGCCAGCUGAGUACAUCUACCAGUAUCCUGACGGACCCGGACUGUAUACCCGAGCAAGCCACACGGGCAGUCACAGAGGGCACCCUUGGCAAAUCUUUAUAGUGCUGGCCGGACCGUGCUGCUCACUCAGCUGCCCUGGGUCUGCCCUCCCUGGGCGCUCUCCUCCUGCUCCGGGUCCUGACUGUCAGGCAGGGUUUCUUCUGAUCUCCUGGGAGCCAAGAACUGAGUUCCAGUCCCUGCUCUACUAUAGCAACAAUGCUGUGACCUGGCGAGCUCAUCCUCCCUCUUUGGACCUCCAUUUUCCAGUCUGCAAAAUGGGAACGGGGAAGCUUCAAGUAGCAGAGGAUCCAAGGCCUUAGCAGCUGUGGCGCUUGGGGGCCUAAGCUGGCAACUCAGGGAGUUUGAAAGAGGGAAGGGGACGAUGCUUCCUUGUCACUCCCACCUGCUCCCCCCACAGGUCAGGCACAGGCCUCUGUUUCUAAGCCGGGAAGGAGAAAUGGAGGUUCCUUCUCUCUGCUCCUCCACUGGUAGCCUGGAGGGACUGCAGGAUGGCAUCCCUGAGUGAGGCCAGGAAGGUCUGAUCCCAGAAGAGAGAAGGGCAGGGGGUGGCCAAGCCAGGGGAGGCCUCUGGUACGUGUGUGGAUGAGUGUGUGUGGAUUUUGUAAAGAAUUCUUGACCAAUAAAAACAGAAACUGUCAGGGACUGUCAGAGUUUCUCGCUCUGGGAUGGAAAGAGAGUGGUUUGCAGUGGGAGGUGGCCUUGUAGAGGGCCUCACUGGCCAUGAAGGGACCUUAGCUUGUUCUCUGAGCUGGAAGCUCCUGGAGGGUUUUGAGUGGAGGUGAAAGAAGAUCAGACAGAGUUUCUUAACAGGAUCCCUCUGGGGGCUGAGUUGUGAAUAGGCCACAGGGAGUCAAG